AUGGCCGCCGACCGGGGCUUCCCCGCCGCUCCCCCGCGUCCACACACGCUCGUGCGACGCCGUGAGGUAUCAUUGAAGAUAACAGUGUGCUAUGACCUGCGGAUGGUUCCUCCCUGGUGCUACACAGUAACAGCGCGUGUAAGAUUGGAGUCGCGCCGCACGAAGCGCGAGAACAAAGAGGAGCUUGUAAUGGAAUACCGGCGCGGCUCCCCUGGCGCCGUGAUCGACUGUCGACUGUCCCUCCGACUGCGGCGCACAUAUCGAUCAUGGCAGACGCCAAUAUGGAGCUCCCCCUGCGUCUCAUUUCUCCCCGCGCGCCGCCGCCGCCACCGGCUGACAUCCCCUCGGCUGGUGUCGCGGCGAGGGCCGUCCGCAGGCGCGCCGCCGGCCAAGGGUUCUCCGCCCCCGGAGGCGGACAACAACAACGAGCCGGGCGGCCUGGUGGUGCGCGCCGCCUCCGCCUUCCCCGGGCUGCCGCACCCCGGCCUGCUGCUGGGGCUGCAGGCGACGCUGGCGGCUCGCCCGCUCUACUGGCCGACGCUGCCGCAGCCGCCGGUGCCGCCCCCGCAGGCGCCGCGCCCGGCCGCCGCCUCGAGCACGCCGCGCCGCCGCCGACCCACCGCCUCCUCCAAGCCCGGGUCGCCCGCCGCCACCACGCCCUCGCCCGACGACAAGGCUGCCACCUCGUCGGGACCCACCACGCCCAACGGCGACAAGGUGUUCACUUGCUCGGUGUGCAGCCGGUCGUUCGGCUACAAGCACGUGCUGCAGAACCACGAGCGCACGCACACCGGCGAGAAGCCGUUCGCGUGCGCGUCGUGCGGCAAGCGCUUCACGCGCGACCACCACCUCAAGACGCACAUGCGGCUGCACACGGGCGAGAAGCCGUACCACUGCACGCAGUGCGACCGCCAGUUCGUGCAGGUGGCCAACCUGCGGCGCCACCUGCGCGUGCACACCGGCGAGCGGCCGUACGCCUGCACGCUCUGCCCGUCGCGCUUCUCCGACUCCAACCAGCUGAAGGCGCACGCGCUCAUCCACCGCGGCGAGAAGCCGUUCGAGUGCGCGUCGUGCGGGGGCCGCUUCCGCCGCCGCCACCACCUGGCGCACCACAAGUGCUCCGGGCCUCCGCCCCCGCCACCCGCGCAGGCGCCGCCCUCGGUGGUCGCAGCCGCCGUCCCGCCCCCGGAGUCUCCGUCGCCGCCUCUCUCCGACGUCGUCCAGACCGGUUCGGGUCACGACGACAACGGGACCGAGUUCGUCAACGAGGACGACGAGAUGGACGACGGGUACGGCGACGAGCAGAACUUGGUAAUGUACAGUGUACCUCCGGAGCAGACCGAGCCGGAGGACUUGUCCAUGAAGGCGGUGGUCCGCCAAGACUCCAGCUUCCUGGCCAAGCACCACCACCCCAAGUUCCGCCACCGCGCCCCACAGCUGUCCUAGCCCCCAGCUGCGAGGGUCGGCCAGUCGUCGCGCUGGACACUUCGUCCUUUCUCUCCGAACGACUGCUGAAGAACUGUCAGGUCUCGUUCCUCUCUGUCGAGCGAACACUCGCUGUCGGUAUCUACGGGAAAACAGGGUGCAGGAAACAGCAGGUAUUGGUGAAUAUGGCGGAGACCCAUUCCUUCAUUG